AUGGCCACACUGCCCAGCUGGGUCAUCACCAUACUUUUGCUGUUCUAUUUGCACAAUAAAAUAGUUACUCUGAAUUGCCUAAAGUGUGCAGAUGAUCACAAGUGCAAAAACGACUGUUACAUUUUGGAUGAUGAUAAACAGUUAUGCUUGUGCAAUGCUGAUGAGAAGGGGGUGCAUUGCACGGAGAAAUGGAAUAUGUGCGAGAAGGACUGUAACAUUCGCGGGAUGGACCAACCAUGCUCUAUUGCCUUAUGCAGACGGGGAAAGUGCAUACCGAUUGACAAGAAGCCCUAUUACACAUGCGAGUGCGGAGACUUCUACACGGGGAAGAACUGCGAAAUUGAAAACAAUCCGUGUUCAUCGGCAGAAACGAAUCCUUGCCUGAACGGUACAUGUCUUUUUAUCGCUAAACUGAACAGAGUUAUUUGCAAGUGUCACAAUGGAUGGACUCAAAAGGAUAAGCAAAGUUCUUCCAUGCUUAAUUGGGGGACAGAAACUGUCGAGGUGCCUCCCCCCUGCGAUGGUAAGUGCAGACGUGCCGAGGUGCAAACGUGCAGAAGUGCAGGAAUGUCAAUGAGAAGCCUCUCCCCUGCACGUAUACCCCUCCGCGUGUACUCGCGCGGGUUGGCAUUGCUUUUGGCAUGCUGCGCAAUUUCACCCUUCCCCUUUUUGCACUUCGCAGUACAAAUCACGAGGGGGCUCAGCAAGUACGUGGUUUACCACACACCGGCGGCGUACGCCAUGUGGUGGCUAAUUUACGUGAUCAGCGUCCUGGUGUUAUUCCUCUGCUGCUGCAACGUGUGCUUCGACUUCUUCUCCAGCUCCGUGUUGAGUUUUUUUACGUUAUUCGGCCAGAAGAAAAAGGACUGA